CAAGAAGUUCUCAACUGCCAUCCCCGCGCUUUCACAUCCCGUCCUCGACAUUGGAAGACGCUACCACAACCUUGAACUGCCAGAACCCCCACCAGCCCCCAGGGCUCCUCGGCGCACGAGCCACACCGCUAACCCCCCCUGGCCGGGCCGAGGCAUGUGGGAAACGGAUUGUCGGGCGGCGGCGUCUCGUUGACGACGACGACGAAGGCAUUUCAACGCCCGCUCCCUCCCUCCGUUGGCCUUCAUCCAAAACCUCACAUCCGUCGGUCUUUUCUGCGCUAAUUCCGGAGCCGUGACCAGUGACCACCCCGCCAUUCAAAUGUGUCGGUAAAACGGCAACGUCGCAUCUUUCGCUGCCCCCCCUCGGCUUGCACCUACGCCGCCACUACAAUGUCACUCUUCAACAUCACCGAACACACCAUCCCGGCAUCUCACAUCCGCGAAUUUGCUCGCGCGACCGCCACAUCCCAGGACGAGACCCUGCUCCUAGCCGUGAAGCAAUAUGUGCCCAAGGACAACCCGACGCCGCAAAGGGGCGACCUGACCGUCAUCGGCGCGCACGCCAACGGCUUCCCCAAGGUUUGUUUUUGUGCCAGGGAUCUCAUGACAUGCCGCAUCUCAACUCUCAUUGCACGCACGCAUGCACUCACCUCCAUUCGCUCACUCACCCAUUCAUUCAUCCACUCACUCGCUCAUCCGCACACGUCCCCUUGUACUUACCACUCGUGUCUCCCAGGAGCUAUAUGAACCCCUGUGGGACGAGUUCUACCACGAAGCGCAGAGGCUCGGCAUCCGCAUCCGCAGCAUCUUCAUCGCCGACGCCGCGUGGCAGGGCCGCAGCGGCAUCCUCAACGAGGGCAAGCUAGGCAAUGACCGUUUGUCACCCCAGCUUCCCCCACCUCUCUCAUCAGAGGGAAGCAAAUCCCGACCCUAGUCCUCAGCAGCUAACCGCCCUCCCUACCUCUCCUCGUCCAGCCGGCUGGAACGACUACGCCCGCGACAUCAUCCAGCUCGUCAACCACUUUCGCCCCCCACCGCCUCUUCUCGCCGUCGGCCACUCCUUCGGCGGAAACUCCCUCACCAACGCCGCCCUCCUCCACCCGCGCCUCUUCUCCGUCGGCCUCGUCCUCCUCGACCCCGUCAUCGGCCACUACGACUACAACCCCUCCACCGUCCGCCUCAGUCCCGCCGCCCUCAGCGUCAACCGCCGCGACGUCUGGCCCUCGCGCGACGAGGCCGCCGCCUCCUUUCGCAGGAGCAAAUUCUAUCAGGCCUGGGACCCGCGCGUCCUCGACCGCUGGAUCGAAUUCGGCCUGCGCGAUGUCGCCCCCGCUGCUGCUACCGCCGCCACGCCCGUGACGCUCGCGACUACCAAGCACCAGGAAAUCUUCACCUUCCUGCGCCCCAGCUGGCCCGCCUUCAACGCCGACGGCUCCAAGGUCAUCCACCAAGAGCGCUGCCCGGACCUCGACGAUACCCUCAACCCCUCCGUCUCCAACUGGCCGCUGUACCGCGCCGAGGGCGGCAACACCAUGGUCCGCCUGCCAAGCGUUCGCCCGGCCGUGCUCUACAUCAUUGGCGGGCAGAGCUUCACCACCCAGCCUGACGUCGUCUGCGAGCGCACUGCCAUCACCGGCACGGGCACGGGCGGCAGCGGGGGUGCCGCCCAGAGCCGCGUCAAGCAGGUGACGCACCCGGAUCACGGACACUUGAUUCCCAUGGAGGCUCCGGCGUACUGCGCCAGGCAUGCCGCCGAGUGGGCCAAGGGCGAGCUGGAUCGUUGGUGGGCCGAGGAGAAGGAGUACGACGAGUGGACCAAAAAGCCCCUGGCUGAGAAGACGACAGUGAGCGACGAAUACAGGCGGUAUCUGGGUGUAAAAGAUGGCAACGGGACAAGGACACAGCCGAAGCCAAAGAUAUAGGACCUCGAAUAUUAGACAUUGGAUGGCGUUGCUGAU